CCUUCGUUCUCUCAUACUGUCUACUGACGACAAUUGCACACACCCAAAAAAGGGAGGGAAAGAGGGGAAGCCAUGGAGUUUGAAGAAUGGGAAUUGAGUGCAGAACAACUUGAUUCCCUUGAAAGAGAUGCUUUUCGUCAAAUUUCUCAACGCAACAAUCCCAUUUCUUCUUCUUCUUCUUCUUCUUCUUCUACUGCUUCUACAUUUGCCAAACCUACAAUAUUAACACCUUGUUCUUCCCUUCGAAAUUCACAGCAAUCGUCAGCGCAACACACUUUUCCUUCUAAUUCGGUUUCCGCUCGCUCCCACACGCAGGUUGAUGCUUCUUUAGGGUCGAGACUCUUACCAUCAUCUAUUGCACCAAAAGCACAUGAUGAUUCGUCAAAGGAGGCUCGAAAGCAUUUUGUCAAGCUUUUUCUUCAUGCUAGUGGAAGUAUAGCUGCCAGGUUUUUGUAUGACCAGGCUCUUAUAAAUGUAGUUAAGAAGAUUCCUAAAGCUACCUGGAAUGCAAAAGAGAGGUUAUGGAUGUUCCCAAUCACUUCUUUAUCAUCUGCUGAAGACAUUCUUAGGGAAAAUCCAGGCUUUAAAAUUGAGGUAGAUAAUCUGGAUCCCUUGGUUCAGCGAGCAAUAGCUGCAGCGACUGCUGUUCCUGAUCUUCAAGAUCGAUAUGACAGGAUCCCGAGCUGUAUAAAAUCAGAUCUUCUACCAUUUCAGCGGGAGGGAGUAAGGUUCGUGUUGCAGCAUGGAGGGCGAGCUCUUAUAGCAGAUGAAAUGGGUCUGGGUAAAACUAUACAGGCAAUUGCUAUAUCCACAUGUUUUCGUGAAGCGUGGCCAGUUUUGGUGCUGACACCUUCGUCUUUGCGUUUGCAUUGGGCUUCGAUGAUACAUGAAUGGCUGAAGAUUCCACCAUCAGAUAUUGUUGUAUUAUUAUCUCAAUGGAGUGGAUCAAAUAAAGCAGGAUUUUCAGUGGUGUCCACAGCCAAGGGGGGUGUUCAUCUUGAUGGUGUGUUCAACAUCAUUUCUUAUGAUGCUGUUUCCAAGCUACAAGGGACUCUAAUGUCAUCAGAAUUUAAGGUAGUUAUUGCAGAUGAGUCGCAUUAUUUGAAGAAUGCUCAAGCAAAGAGGACAACUGCUGCUCUUCCUGUUAUUGGGAAUGCCCAGUAUGCAAUUUUACUUAGUGGAACUCCUGCCCUCUCAAGACCUAUUGAGCUAUUCAAGCAGCUUGAAGCCCUCUAUCCUGGUGUCUACAAGAAUGUCCAUGAAUAUGGCAAUCGAUAUUGCAGGGGUGGAGUAUUUGGAGUAUACCAAGGGUCAAGUAACCAUGAAGAAUUGCACAAUUUGAUGAAAGCAACACUCAUGAUACGCAGACUGAAGAGGGAUGUUCUCACUGAGCUUCCUAUAAAACGUAGGCAGCAGGUCUUUCUGGAUGUGGCUGAAAAGGAUUUGAAACAAGUAAAGGCAUUGUUUCUUGAGCUGGGGGUUCUUAAAGACAAGAUCAAAACUAGCAAUUCCAAGGAGGAAAUUGAAUCUCUCAGACUCUCUGAAAAGAGUUUGAUCAAUAAGAUAUAUACAGAUUCUGCAGCAGCCAAAAUUCCAGCAGUUUUGGAGUACUUGGGAACCAUCAUUGAGGCUGGAUGUAAGUUCCUGAUAUUUGCACAUCAUCAACCCAUGAUUGAAGCAAUACACCAGUUCAUACAGAAGAAAAAAGUUGGUUGCAUUUGUAUAGAUGGUAGUACACCUAUAGCAUCAAGACAAGCUAUGGUUACCGAUUUUCAGGAAAAAGAUGCAAUUAAGGCUGCAGUUCUAUCAAUCAAAGCUGGAGGUGUUGGUUUGACCCUAACAGCUGCAAGCACAGUUAUCUUUGCCGAGUUGUCUUGGACCCCUGGUGACUUGAUACAAGCAGAAGAUCGCGCUCAUAGAAUUGGUCAGGUUUCUUCUGUCAAUGUGUAUUACCUUCUAGCAAACGAAACAAUCGAUGAUAUUAUCUGGGAUAUGGUUCAGAAAAAAUUAGAAAAUUUGGGACAGGUUCUUGAUGGACAUGAGAAUGCUAUGGAAGUUUCACAGAGCUUGCUGAGAUCUAAUCCUGCAAAACAAAGUACACUUGACUCUUACAUCACCCCUAGUUCUGGCCCAUUUAAGCGAAAGAAAACUUGAUCUUCCAUGACUAGCGCAGCUAACUCUAGCCUAGCCCAUCAAUACAACGACACUCGACUCUGAGAUGAACGCUGCUCUAGGACACCUAUUACUGAUGUUGAGCCUCGAUUAGAAUACUGAGAAACUACAAUCCUAACUUGCUUGACAAGGUUACCGUGUACUAAAUAGGUGUAUAGAUAUAGUUAGUCUUUUUGUUUGCAUUGAACGAAUCAAUGACAACGGAUUAUGAGUCUAAUUCAAAUUUAACCUUAUGAAAUGAAUUUUAGUUUAAUAGAAAGGAAUGUUCUCAUCAAUUUGCUUUUUAUGUUACAAAUUAAUGCCCUAUCUAUAAUACUACAGCCUCUAUCCCACUAAAUUUUCCCCGGUUUUCUUUUUAAUCCUUUUAAUCCGUUCUAUCAAAUGUACUCUAUUUCUAUGUUGGUUAUAAUCCACUCU